CAGACCGCUUGCUCUUUGCGAACCUGCUAAUUGGAGCUGCCAUUGAGGCUGACAUGGAGCCCGUCGCGCAACCCUUUCCGCUCGUAAACAUACCUACAGAACAAUAACACUGUUCUGCUAUGCUGGGAGCGCGGUUGAUGGUGACGUUCACACUCCAGACCGCGCCUCCCGCUAGUCCCUGAAAACCAAAGAAAAAAGGCAAGCUAUUGACCAUCCCGGCACGGUCUCCAGCUUUGAUUCCCGCCGCAAAUGGUGCGCGCGACGGAACACUCCGAGCCCCGUUUUGCCACCUGACCGCAAAACAAACCAAAUCGAGCGCCAGCCGACGCGAUGGGGGACCGCCACCGGCGCCGGAGUCCCGAGAGCUCCCGGCGCAGACGGCGUGCGAGACAGCAUUCCUACGAGACGGCUUCGGCCGCCCCCGCCGCCGACAACAUGGCGCCGCCGACCGUGGCAUCCCCUAGCCAGGCGGCAUACCAGCAGCAGCCACCACCACCACAGCAGCAGCAAUACCAGCAGUACCAGCCACAACCCCAGUAUCAGCAGUAUCCUCCCCAGCAAUAUCCUCCUGCGCAGCAAUACCCUCCACACCAAUAUCCCCCUCCGCAGCAGUACUCAUCUCCCCAGCACAAUUAUCUCGCCCAGCCAUACGCUCCUCCCCAACAUCACACUCCCCAGCCGUACUCGCCGCAUCAGCAGGUUUCCCCGCAGCAAGCCGUCUCUCAGCCCAUCCCGGUGCGCCAACGCGCCCGCGACUCGAGCUCUGACCUGUCCGAGUCAUCCUCCACCUCCGAGUCGCUUCUGAACAUAUCUGCCCGCCGGCCGCGAGCUGUUGGCUUCUUUUCCUUCUUUAGCGGCCCUUCGCCCGAGUCUCAGCGCCGGAAAGCGGAAAAGAAAAAGAAAAAGAAAAAGAAGGGGCUUCUUCAGUUUGGCAACUCGAGCUCCUCCUCCUUUGAGGAAUCGCUUGCAUAUGGACGUGGCUACGUCUCGAGGGAUCCGUCCUUCGAGCAGGUGUAUAAGCAACAAGAGCAGCAGCAGCUGCCACCGCCACCACAGCAACAGCACUAUGGAGCGCCCCACGUCGACCAUACGAGGCCCUCGCCGCCGCAUCGGAACAAGACGGACGAGGAGAUCUUGGAGAUCGGACGGAAGCUGGCCAAGAUGGCGAGGGAGGAGAAUAAGGAGGAUCUCGCCCGCGCUGGUCGCCGACCUACGUCGCAGCUUGUCGCCGCCGCCACCGCCAUAAGUAACUUCCGGCGUAAAAACACGGCAGACCGGGCUGACAAGGAUAAGGGUAUCGGCUCGUCUAAGCCGCAGCAUGACGACGACGAGUCCGACUGGGAGACAUCGUCCGAGGACGAAUUCUCAAGCGAGGAUGUCGACAUGGGCCUGGCCUACGGCUCCUCUCCCGCCCUGGCCUAUGGCUUCUCUCCCGCCCUGCCCGCAUCGAACUUUAGCCAGCCCGCGCCCCGACCAGCAGAGACCAAGCCUAUGCAUCUGGACUCCCACAAGAGCAACGUCGUUGACCCCAGAAAGUUUGGGCCCCAUAACUCUCUGCGGGGGCUUAUCACUAGCCCUUGCGGGUUUGAUGAUUCCGCUAAGAGGCCAGCAGGGGUCGCCUCUCCUCGCCAGGAGCGUCCUUCGCCGCGACACCAUCGGGCAACAGCUUCAGUGGAAAGUGCCUCUUUGGAGGGACGUCCCAUGCAGCACGUCUAUCCUGCCCCCACGUCCGAUCCAGACAACUUCGAUGUUGGUCGGCCUCCCCAGCAAAGCUCAGGUUCCCGGCCCGAUCCAGUUCCGAUCCAGGCGCCCAAGCCCAUCACACCCAUCUCCGCCCGAGUCUAUGAAGCAGACAGGUAUAGGGCACCUGAGUCUCGCCGAAGCGAUGAUCACAAACGGCAGUCUGGCGGCUCCUCCCUCGUCGGCGCAGCUCUCGGGGGGCUAGUGGGCGCAGCUGGGCUGGCGGCGGUGGCGAAAAUGGCUUCUGACGAUAAGAAUGUGCGCGACCGGAGAAGAGAGGACGGUGCCUUGGAAGAGAAGAGUGGCCGGGGAGAGGAUUCUCGACGCCGCAGUGAUGCUCCUGUUGAAGUGGGGGAGUCACGGCAAGCAUUGGAUCGCCGUGAAGAGGAUCCUCGACGCCGCAGCGAUGCUCCCGUCAAGGUGGAGGAGCGGCACAAAGCACUGGUUAAUAGUGGGGAGGAUCUCCGCCACCGCAGCGAUGUUCCCACCAAAGUGGAGGAGCGACACCAAGUAUCGUUCGAUCGUGGAGAGGAUCUUCGACACCGUGGUGAUGCUCCCGCCAAACGGGAGGAGCAUCAUCAGACACAGGACGACCGUGCAAAGGAGCCUCGGCAGCGCAGCGAUGCUCCCGCCAAGGACGAGGUGCGCCGUCAAACACAGGACGAUCGCGGAAAGGAUCUUCGGCACCGGAACGAUGCUCCCGCCAAGCUGGAGAAGCGACAUGAAGCAUUGGACAACGAUGAGCAUGUUGGUGAUCGUGACCGCAACAGCCAAGAGGUUCUCAAAUCACUCGACGACAACGCAAAACGCCGUGCCGAGCUGGAGGAGAAGAUCCGCAUGCUCGAGGCUCGAGUACGUGCGAAUGCACACGACAAGCCGCAAACCCAGGGCACCCAGUCAGAGUUGGACCGCGAACGUGAUGGCGAACGUGAGCGGCACCCAAAGGACAAGAAGCGGAAGGAUACUGUGACUGAGCAGCCCGAGGUAGCUCCCGCUCCUGUGGUCGCCGAAGAAAGGGAGCGACGCCGUGGAGGAGAAUCUAGGGAUGUCCAACCUCGAGCGGAGAAUUCGGCCCCAUCGAGCGGCUCACACCCAGCGGAGCGCCGUGCCAGGGAUGUGGCGGGCCAGGGGUCUUCAGUACCCCCUUCAGAUGGUGCAUCGGUUGACCCUGUUAAGGCCCAGGUUACGGAUGAUGUCUUCCCAACAUCGCUUGGUUCGGCGACACCCGUUCGCCCUCUGACGCCAAUGGUCACAACGGUUGAGCGCGAGCCUGACUUCGCCAACUUCGACACGUCCAAAUUCAUUCUGCCCCGUGAUCCCCCACAGCAACCAUCUGGUGGUCGUCUGAGUCGCCUCGACUCUUUCGAGAAGUCUGAGCGAGAUGCGGAGAGGCGAGAAUCGGAUCGUGCUCGCGAAAUUUCAGAGAGCUCAACUGCCCCGAUUCCUGAAGCAGCAAUGGCGGCAGCCGCCGCUGUGCUCGAACGUCACAACCACCGAGGCCGCGCGGGAACAAGGGCCGCCGAGCCGCAGCCGAGCCGCUCUCGCUCGCAGGAUGGAGAAGAUGCCGAGGAUACGGACGUGGUGCAGGAGGAGGCCAAUAAGUAUUAUCGACAGACCGUUGCGGCUCGGAAGAUAGAGGAGGAGACGAUCCGCUCCCGCAGCGCCUCUCCAGACUCCUCCGUGAUGGACAAGUACGACCAGGGCGAGGAUCCCAUCAUUCGCAUCGUCACGCCGCCGCACAUGCACCGCAAGGAGAAGAGCAUCUGGGAGGGCCCCAACGCCGAUGUCAAGGUCGACAAUUUCAUCAAGCCCCAGGAUCUUGCAACGUACCGCCUGCCUCGGGAAGAGCGUCUCUCCACCUCAACUGCGAGGCCCAUUUUCUGGUCCAGAGACCCCUCUUGUGAACGCCCGCGACCCAUGCUCAACAUCGUCUGUCCAACCCCUAUCCCGACGCCGUCUCCCGAGAAGCAACAGUCGCGAUCGGAACCGAAGGAGCCAGAGCCUGAAGACGGGAGCGACGAUAAGCCGCGGUCUACACCCACCGCAGUGCUCAAUCAGAGGGGCCAGGUGGUCGAGGCUCCCAGUGCGCCCACGACCGAGUCCUCGGGCCAGAAGCAGACGAGGCAUAGUGAGUCUGACAUGACCUACCAGUCCCCCAGGCAUGUUCAAGACGAACCCGGGUCAGAUUCGGCGUGGGAAGACAAAUCCGAGCCGACACAGGACCGGGCGCCCGAGAAGAAAAGGAAGGGUGGCUGGGGAGCUGUCCUCGCUGCUAUAACAGGGGUUGGUGUUGCUUCCGGUGCGGCUGCUGCAGCCAAAGCCGUGUCCGACAACGAAAAGGAGAAGCAGGCCGAAGGCGCCAGGGAACUGCCCGAGCAGGACGCCGGGGAACUGCCGAGGGUGCGCGCCAAGGAACUGCCCGAGCAUGAUGCCAUUGAGCGUAGCAUAAGCCCAUUUGAUCCUGAAAUCGCGGCCGCCGUCGACGAUGACCAGCCCGAUGCUCCCAACUCAACCUCCACGAGGGCCCUCGCUGCUCAGCCUGUAGAUGCCUACGACGGCGACCUGGGGUUCGCAGCCACUCUUGCGGCCGGUCUGGAGGACAGCGGAUUCGAUCCCAAUAUCGUCAUCGAUGACCCACAGUACCGAAUGCGAGAGUCGCCUUCUGGCUCAAGGGAGCCUCUGAGCGACUCCUACCGUGAUCCGCGUUUUGAGGUGGCCAAUGAUCUUGAUUCAUCUCGUGAACAAGGCCCAUCUCCACCCUCAUCAACAUUUGACUCCGUGAGCGACUUUUCACCUUCCGAGACGGGUUCAUUGGUUGAUGACCCUGGUACCCGUCGCCGGUCGGCUAGGAAUGAGCGGCGGAGACGAGAGAGGCAGCGGGCAGCACAGCAACAAGAAACCUCUAGACUUGUGGACCAAGGCCCCCCCGACAUCUCUGCCAGAGAGAUUGGAGGCGGUUCCGCCCCGUUUCUGGUAGAGGGCGAGUCCACGUUGGUUGACAAGAUCGAAAAGUCCGAACCGGCCGAUGUCCAUCCGGCGGAUGAAUGGCAUGCAGCAACUGAUACGAUCCACAAGCUGGGCGAGAUCGAACCCAUGGAUUUUUCUCGCGAGGUCGCUGCUUCCACUCAAGAUCCAACCUCACAGCCAUCUGCGCAAGAGAGAAAGGAAAUGGCCGAUGAUGACUUCGGAGCUCUCACCCCUUUACUGGAGUGCAAGAAGAGCAGCGGCGCAGCGGUACGGACGAACAUGGAACCAACCCCAGAGGUGAUUGCAGCAUGGACUGCGGUGGUGCAUGAUGUCCCAACCGCAUUCCACAAAGAAACCCUGCCUGCCUUCGAGCUCGAGUCGCAGGCGGAGUUGACAAAGGGGCUCCCCGCGGAAGAAAUCGGCUAUUCGACAUGGGGUGACGACCAGUUGGGUCCUGAUCCCAGAGUCUUGUUACCAACAAUUGCAGAGGAGACUGCAUCAGAAACCGAGAGCGCAGCUGGGCCUAAAGCUGAACCUGAGCUCUCAGCUCCUGUUGAAUCUGAGCCUGAGCAUCAGUCAAGUCCCAAGACCUCGGAAACGGGGCUGGAGAAAGUAACACGGUCCCUCGAUUCCGAUCCCGUUUUCCAGAGCGGGGCCGUCCACCCCGAGGUUGCGACGGAGCGUUCAUCCGCAGUGUCUGAGGCGGCGCCUGUCGAGGUCGUUGCCGUGCCUCAUGCACAGCCAUUAGCGACUGGGGAUUUUACUGACCCAUCUGUUUCUUUCUCUGCUGACUCUCAGCGCGAGCUGGAGCCGCCGGCGUCCCCACGGACAUCCAAGAAGAAGAGGAGCAAAAAGUCGAAGAAGGCUGCUACUGAGCAGUCGGGCCCAGAGAUCCCUGUCGAACGCGAGUUUGAUUAUCCAGAGGUCGAACAAGCCGUGGCUGCAGAGCUUAUCGAAAAUGCCUCCCCGGAGCUCCCUGGAACUGCUUCGGAGCCCAUUGUCGCCACGGUUGUGGAGUCCACUGGGGCUACGCCGUCGGAACAUCUGCCAUAUAUGACGACAUUUGUUGAUGAGCCAGUCGAGCCGACAAGUUUGCCCACGGAGGCUCCGGAGGAAUUCCAAGCUGCCGAGAUCAUGGAACCGGCGCAGCCCUCGCAGGCUGUUGAGGCUGUCGAGGCUGCCGCGAUCAUCGAACCCGCGCAACCCUCACAGGUUGAUGAGCCUGUCGAGGCUGUCGAGGCUGCCGACCCUGUUGCGCCUGCCGAGGCUGUCGAGGCUGACGACUCUUUCGAGGCUGUCGCGCUUGCCGGGUUUGCCCAGGCUGUCCAGGCUGCUGAGUCUGCAAAGCCCCCCGAGGACCCUGUGAGACAUGAGACUACCGAAACUCCUAACGUUCCCGACCUUACGCUUGCUCCUGACGCUGUCGCAGCGGAAACUGAAGUUGCGGACGAUCAGUCUUCGGAAUGCCAACCAGCGACGCCGACAGGGGAGAAGGGAGAUAACGCAGAGCCAUCUCCCUCGAGACUAGACGAUGUGGAGUCCAUUGCUCUAUCACCCCAGCUAGGUGAUAAAGGUGCCCGUGUGGCCGAUUCUAGCUUUGAGUCUCCACCCACUACCCCCACUAAAAGGAAGGAUGAGAAGACUCCCUCGAAAUUAGAAGAGGUCGAGACCGUUGUUGGAUCACCUCGACUAGGCGGUCUUGACAAUCAAGAUAUCUCGUCGUCGCGAGAGCCGGCCGAGGCAGCGACCAGUGCCGAAGCCGACAUUCGGACUGAAGCCACCACCCCCGCAAGCGAGCCUUCGGUCGAUGCAGAAAAGCCGCAAACCGAGGCCGUGGACCUACCAGCAUCCCCCCUCUCCAAGGAGAAGGCGAAAAAGGCCAGAAAGGCGGCUCUUGCUGCAUUAAAGGAAGAUGAGCCCGCCGUGGUGGCGUCCGCUGUCGGGCAGGUAGACUCGGGAAUGGGGGGCGACAAGGACAACCCGGAGCCCGAGGCCAACAAUGACAAGCUCCAGACCGAGAUCGACAGUGACAAGCUUCCGACUGAGACCGACAUUGACGAGCUUCAGACUGAGACUGGCAGUAGGGAGCUUCAGAUCGAGGACAGCAACGAUAGGCUCCAUAUCGAGACCGGCAGUGACCAGCCUCAGACCGAGGCCGACAGGGAGCUGCCUCAGAUUGAGGCCGCCGGUGACGGGCAGAAUUGUGCCCCCGAUGAGAAGCCGCAGAUCGAGGCGGGCAAUGACAGGCUUCACACGCUUCCGACCGAGGUCGACAAUGACAACCUGCAGGCCUACAACGAUAAGCUGCAGACCGAGACCGAUAGUGACAAGCCGCAGACGCAAUUAGAGGCGGAUUUGUCACAGACCGUGGUCGAAGAGGAUAAGCCUGUGGCUAUAGGCGUCGAAACCAUCGACGCUAUUGAGACUGAGCCGCCUACUGCCCCGACGACUCCGUCCAAGAAGAAGUCGAAGAAGUCGAAGAAGAGCAAGAAGGCAGCCUCGUGGGUUGAGACUCGUGAACACUCGCCCUUGGGUGAGAGGAGGCCCACCGACUUGGACGGCUCUUCCGAGGCACUUAUGGCGUCUCAGGCUGUGGAGAUGGACACUUCUGAUGCUGCCUCGGCUGCUCCCGAUGCCUCGAUGGCUGCUUCUGAGGGUGUAGUGAUUUCUUCUGAGGAUGUAGCGUCUGCCCCUGAGGCUGCCCUGGCCACUCCUGCGACAUUAGCAGCUGUUACAGAGGUCUUCGCGGCUGCUCCCGACACCUCGAUGGAUAUCCAUGACGCCUCAACAGCUGGUUUUGAGGCUGCUCCAGCCGCUCCUGAGGCUGCAGUGCCUACUUCUGAUGCCUCGGCCGCUGCCUCUGGGACCGCAACGCUUGCCCCGGAUGCGAACGCGGCUGUCCCCGCUGCCCCGGCGACGGUGACCGAGCUUACCACGUCUGCCCCUGACAACGCACUAGACCCGGGCACGACUGACCGAUCAGAGAUUCUCGAUGAAGUAGAAAAGGCUGAGAAGGGACGACCUGAAGAGGAUCUGACCGUGGCUUUCGAUACUCCUGGAGACAAAGAGGGACAUCCAGACGGGGAGCCUCCCGAUAAAGACUAUCCGCUGGAUGAAGCUGCGCAGCGCGACAUGGCUUCAGCUGAAUCGGGCCGCACACCCGUUGAAGACGCUUCAGAGCACCCUUCCAACAACGUCGGCGGCAAACAGGCGUUCGAGACGAAGCUGAACGAGCCAUCGCCAGGCGGACCAAGCAGCAAGGCGAGACAGAUGGGAGGAGGGGGUUUCUUCAGCUUCUUCAAAGGUUUCACAGAGGACCCUGUGAAAACAGUACCGGGCGGCGACAAGAAGCCUUCUUUUUUAGCUAAAGCCGGCACCAUUGGCGCUGGUGCCGGCUUGGCGGGUGUGGCUGCGAUUUUCAGCUCCGCGUCGCGCGUGAAUGCCACCCCCUCUAAUGCCACCUCCCCCACUACUCCCCCAUCGGCGGAAGCCCCGGCGGACGACCAGGCAGUGAGCCAGGCGCCGGCCGAGGGCCCAGUCGAGCACACUGUUGAUGAGGCAGUCCAGGACAUUGUCGAGCCCGACGGUUCUCUCGAGGAUCCUUCCGCAGAGGCAGGCCAGCUCGACCCAGAGAUCGUUGCACGGGCAAUAAAGCCUGCCAUCGACCCUCAAUUCGGCGAUCUGCUGCCAUUGCCUCCUAGUCGGCCUGCCUCGCCAGUCGAGCCCGAUCUCAACGAUGAGUUGCCUCCUCUGCCAGAAAGCCGCCCUCAGACGCCUCCGCAGCAAGAGCGGGAUAUGAUGAAACAGAAAUUGGCUUCGCGCCGUCGGAGUGUUCUUGAAAUCUCCCAUACUAGGUCGCCUAGCAACACUGCGAUUCCUCUUCAGUUCCGCCUCCGGUCGGCGCCGUCAUCUCCCAACAUCAAGACGUCCCCCAUACAGCCGCCGUUGGCCGCGCCAUCCCCAGAGCCUGGGAGUGCGACGAAGAGGUUCACACGGCCAAUGUCGUGGGGCAUGAGCCGCGAAAUCAAGCCCCUCUAUCUCCCAGAGCAUGUGAGGUCAGGCACGCAGGCCGAGUCUGAACAGCGGCUGCCCGAGCUGCCGCCCAGCGAGCCCACGUCCGACUUGGAAUCGCCUGCCUCUGAGUUCUUCAGCCCCAGCGAGCGCGACGCCGACUACUUUGACCAGGGCAACACCGGCUUUGGUGGGCUAUUGCGCCUGGAUACGUCCAUUUCCGAUACCUUCCGCUCAGCCCCAGAGAGUUUAGGCUCCGAAGAAAACACCCCCAAGGCCGAGCGGGGCCUCCAUCCGGCCGACAUCAUGUCGCAGAGCUUCUUGUCGCAAAGCGAUGCCGGAUCGAACGACACGUUUGAGGAUGCAAACUCGCAGCUAUUCCGCUCGGCUGCACAUAGUCCCGGUCCCAUGGCAGAGCGAUCCUCUCCACCCCGGUCAAAGUCUUUGGUACAUGAUCAACAUGCGGAAGCUGGUCUUAUCCAGCCUUCUCCCACGUCUGCGCCAGUAGUCAUGGGUCUGGGCAUCGGAUUCAAGGACGUGGCGCACAUCCGAGAUGUCACAGGAACAGACUCUCUUCCGCAGCUGCUGACUGCUGAGGACGGCGAUGCUAAACCGAUGUCGCCACCUGGAAUUACGGAUGCAAACACUGUCGCCAGGAUUCACUUGGCGGAUGCUCCUGACAUCGUUCCUGAAGCCCACAUCGACAAGGACAAGGACAAGGAGCACAAGUCGGAAGUGGCACUAUUGAACGACCCGGUCGCUCUCGAGGAAGAGCCUGCAGACUUGGAACAAACCACGUGGACUAACAUGGAAAAGAAAGUCAAGAAGAGCAUGGGCAAAACCACUCCACCCACCGUUGAAGGCGACACUGUUCUGAAUCUGACGGAGCCUGACCACUCUGUUACCGAAGCUGUCCUGUCAGGAGCGCAGGACAACGCUCUUGAGCGUCCCGUCAAUGAAACAUCCUCCGCAAGCGCAGACGUGACCGAGACUUCCAAUUCCAUUCCUCUAAUCACACCGGAGUCGGCCGAGCACACCGACAAGUCCUCGCCGCCAGAUGACAAAGACACGCCUGCCCAAGAGAGCUUGAGUCCUCAAGACCAAGAAACCCUUACACAAGAGCUUUUGGUGUCGAAGGAUACAGUCCUCGCGGCCGACAGCCUUCCAUCGUCCCACACUGCGAGUACCGGAAACGAGGAGGGGAGCGAAGGUAACCUCGCAGUCGCGCUGCUGGAAGUGGCGGAGUCGGAGAUUCGGGUCACCGGUAUCGAGCCUCUCACCCCAGUCGAGCCUUCCACUUCAGCUGUAGGGACUGAGCAUGCAGAGAUCACACUUGUUCCUGCGCCUGACGACAACCCAAUCUCAGUGGAAUCGACCGUGUCAGAUUCAGAGAUUGAGAUCACCGACGCUCAGAUUUCAUCUGAAGAACGAGAAGCGGCCCACAGCUCUGGUGACCAGGUUGUUGACACACCGGUCGUCGAUGGCCAGCCAGAAAGUCUCUCUGGUGACGAAAAGCAAGAGACAAGCGGCAAGCAAGGUGUAUCUGAAACUCUAGCCACUCAAUCUUCACAGGACCUCUCGCCUCUUUCGCAUGAUAUGGAGGAAGAGCCCAAUCGCGAACAGAUGCCAGAAGCGCCCACGUCACGACCUGACGAAGUACAGCAAGAGCCCGACAUGUUUUCCCAGGAACGAUCACAAAUACCCGCCGGGGAUGCCCAAGAGAAGCAACGAGAACUCCCGACGAGCCCUGGAAGCAUGCCAGAAGAACCCGCCCCAGGCCAUCUAGUGGCGCCAGCAGAGGUGUCGCUUCAUGAUGAGCCAUCGACUACCACGGGCCCCUCUAGCCCCACCGAGCCCGGCAAAAAGCAGAAUAGGGGAAUGAAGAGUGCGGCUGCGGAGUCUGAAGAGGUAGCAUCGCAGCCGGAUGGGUCUCUGGUGCAUGAGACACCGAGCACUGUUGACGCCGGCUCCCCGCAUGAUGUGGGCGCCUGGAAAGAUGUAGACACAUUAGCGAAUCCAGAAGCAACGGUUUCUCUGGCAUCGGUCGCCGAGGUCGACUCCACACGAUCAAUUGACCAAAUGGGCUCUCAGGCUGGCUCCCCAGGCGCUUCCAAGACGAUCGAGACAACCCCGCCGCUGCCUAAAUCCGGGGCUCGCGAUGUGACAGCAGGGGAUUCGGGCACUAGACGGGACUCGGCUAGCCUCUUUGGUGCUGAUGCGCUGGCUUCUGCAGCCGCGGCCGGCGUGGGAGCCGGGGUGCUACUAGCAAGCGGUCAGGAUGGACAGGGUUCCCCCGAGGCCCAGAAGACCGGUAACUCGACGCCUACAGACUCGCCCACCCCUGCCGAGGGGGUCGCGGAGUGGCAUGUCGGGGCGGCACAGCCAGGCCCUGCUAUCGACGCAGCAGAAGCUCGCGGCCCCUCAGGCGUGGGUGAAGCAGGUGUGGAGACGGGCGGGCCCAUUGAGGGGUCACUACAGCCCGAGAUAGCCGAGCAAACGUGGCCAGACACGCAACCGUUGCCCGCUGCCGACACCGCUACUUCAUUGCUACCGGACCCACCCACGGCCCUGGCACCGUCUUCCGCCGCUACUGAUGCUCCGGCGGUUGAGACUAUCGAGCACACUGCCUCUGCACAUACCCCUGCUCUUGGUAGCAGUGCGGACCUGCAGCAGCCCAGCAGCCCGCGUCGCCAUGCCGAAAAUGCGCCUGCCGGGCCCGACAAUGCCGAGCAUCUGUCUGGUCUUGAUGAGCCCGCCCCGACCGGAACUGAGGAGGCCCACAACGCCCCAUCAGAAGAAGUCUCGGCGCGCGCGGAUCCGGCUACAGAAACAGCACCGGCCGCGAAUACGGGACUCCAGACUUCUGUGCCUGCGCCGGCCGAGAUCACGUAUGUUCAGGCGCCGGAACAGCCUACGUCUCUCGAGCACACCGAGGCCGCACAGACCCGCCACCCGGGAGAGGGCAAUGUCGAUGAUCAUCGGCCGGCGACGCCACUCAAUGACUUCCGGCCGGAGCCUUCCGGCCUUGUUCUCGCCGACCAUGUCCCCGAGCUUGCUUCACCGGAGACCACACCUGGAACGAAGCCCAAGAAGGGCAAAAAGAGAAAGAAGCAGGGGACCUCCGAAUCUCUAGAUGAUGCCGCUCCUCCUGUCGAGCAGAGCAAGGCCGUCGCCGACCUGGAAUCCCCCAUCGAAAUUCCGGAUGACGCGCCAGCAACCUGCGACUCGGAGACCAUAGUCGAGCCACAGUAUGCUGGUUUCAAAGUUCAGCACACCAAUAUCGACGGCAAGGACCCUGACAGCAACAAUAUCAAGAAUAACGAAGCAGCUUUGGAUGAGUCCUCUGCUGGCGAGCCACAAGAGUCGAGCAAAAACAUCCCAGAUUCACCCAAGGGCGCCGCCGAUCACGCCACAGAUGCACUGGCCGCCUCUGCCCCUGAACCUCUGGACCCUGAGGUCGAGCCAACUUUCCAGGCUGUAGAAGGGCUGUCUGAGUUGUCACCUGGUGAUCCCGCCCAUCAAUCGCAAUGUGAAUCUGCGCUUGCGCCGUCGGAGCUCAGGAGCUUGGCGGAAAGGCUCGCGACCAACGGUGAAGUCGACGACAAUCGCACCCACACUGAAGUGGCCAUUCCUCAAGGCCCUGAGAGGUCUAUCGAAACCCCCGCUGCCGACUCUGCGGACGAUGGUACUGUCCCGAGCGGAAGUCUCGGUCAGCCUCUCGGCGGUCCUGAGACUCCUGACCUUAUUGAACCGGCCAAGGACGAUACCGCAGAAGCCGAGACGAGCGACAAUGGCCCAGUGCUUGAAGAACAUUUGAUCGAUACCAUCCAUCCCUUGGCCGCAAAGCCCAAGGAUGAGGAGCGGCCACUGAAGCCGCCACCGAGCAAGACUGACGCCGAUGAAGCUGUCGGGGAAGCUUUACCCGUCUUGGAUAUCCCUCCAUCUUCGUCCCAGGAGGACUCCCAGCAAUCCACACAGGCCACCGACCUUUCACCUGUCAAGCUCUCCAAGAAACAAAAGAAGAGAUUGAAGAAGCAAGGUAUCACCUUCCCCGACCCUGAGGCACCACUGCUGUCCGAGACCAUAGGCUCUAGUACAGAAGACCUGCGUGUUGUCGUCAGUGAACCUGUUGUGGUUCCUGAUGCAACUCCAGAGGAACUGUCCGUGUCGGUGUCGGCCCCAGGCACCACUGAGCAGCCCCCCGCGCUCGAAGUUACGUGGGAUACUCCUACUAAACAAGCUCAAAAGAACAAGCAAAGAAAUCCGCAGCAGCAAGAAGCUGAGAGCACGUCACAACUGGCCAGCUCGGGUCCUGCAGUGCCCGAUGUGGAAGCCGAUGUUGCAGCACAAGCGGAACUAGGGUUGCCAGAGCCCUCAGAGACCGGACAACCCUUGCACGCUCCCACUUCGGCGGCCGACAGCGUUCCAUUGUCUCCGAUUGUCGAUACCGAGGUGCCGCACGACGAGGCUCCACCGUCUGAUGCCAAUGAGCCUCCAAACCCAUCACCCAUAGAGCCACCGCCGAGCUCGGAAAUUUCUCAUGCUGAGCUGCCGAGCACUCCGCCGAGUGCUUCCGAGCUCGACAACUUGGGGCUCAAGACCCACAUGGCCACGGAACAUGCCUCUGAUACGGCCAUGGAGCCUGCAGCUGAGGUCGACGCGGUGCCGGCUCAUGAUGCGCUAGAGCCGCAGGAGACGAUCAAUGCUGAACCCUCUAUCCAGCCAGCUGUCUUCACACCUCAGGACACUGAAAUCUCUACCGAAUCUUCCGCCUCGAGCAGCGACCCUGCGCCCAUGCGGUCGCCCACCUCGAAUGCUGUCAAACACCAACUUGAGCCUAUUGUCGAACUUCCCGAAGAUCUUCCACCAGAUGCCUCCCAGGACGAGCCUGCAACUUCCGCCGAGCUUGCGACAAGAGCUCAGGCUGGAGCUCUGGAUGUGGUCCCUGUUGUGCUAGCCAGCGAGGUUGGCCUAGAAUCAUCAACAGCAACACCCACUGAGCCUCCAGUUGAAAUCACAUCCUUUGAGACUCCGCUCAAGGAUCAGGCUGAUGUCCAGCGUCCUCUUGAAGAUUCUUCUCCCCCCACUGUGCCCGAAGAUGCACCGCCAGAGACGGUUGAGCGCGAGAAAACUGUAGUGGAACCCCCGGAAGACGCCACAGAAGGAGAGGGCCUCCUCAAUCUGCCUACUGCAACCAAGGAGGAGUCUCCUCCAGAAGUCCCUGCGGGCACUGCAAUCACGACGGACGCAAAGGUUCACUUCGAGGACUCUGCCGACAAUACCUCUUCUCAUCCGGCGGCCGACUCCCCACAAUCAUCCGCAGGCGGGGCUCUGACCGAGCCCAGGACAGAUGACCCCUCGGAUACGUGCGCGGCGCCAGACCGAAGCGCAUGCCUCGUUGAUGAUACCACCGAACAGGUGCAUUCCAGCAGCGACCCUGCUCCAUCAACCGCAGGACCGGAUUCCACCCGCGAAGUGCUGAAUUCCGAACCUUCGGCGAUGCUCAGGAGCGACUUGAGCGCAGACGCUACAGCCGCGGCUCUCGCUCUGGGGGCGGCAGUACUGAUACCAUCGGAUUCCACGCCUGAUGACGCGUCGACGUCAGUGGCCGCCAAGGAGUCAGAAAAGGACAAGUCAUUGGACAUGGUGGCUGCUCCUGUGCAAAAUAUCCCCGAACCCCAGCCCGCAGUUCAUGAUGCCACCACGCUAUCUGUGUCCCACGACACUCGGGCCCCGCCUCCGGCCAUCGUCGAUACUCUUGUGCUCAGCCCACCUUCUACAGAGCCUGCUGCUUCUGGCCAUGCCCUCCCCGAGGCACCCACACAAGAGCCACAUGCAGACAAGUUUUCAAGGAUGGAGUCUUCUGCCAGCUUCCAAGCGGAUCCCACAGCCCAGACCCAAAGCAGCACAGCCCAGAUGAGUGACAGGGGAGCAUCUGGGGAGAUCAAUGCCCUAGAUGCCCAGGCUACCGGAGUACACAAGGAACUUCCCAAGAUCGCGGCAAAGAGGUCUAAAAAAGACGACGGGCUCGGCGGUCUUUCAGGUAGUGUCGGUAUCCCGGUGACUGAGCAACAGACGGAGACGGGCGCGGCAAAGCCAAGCAAAGCCCCAGCAGACGUUGGGCUCGCGGAAGCUGUCACGUUGACGCCCACGAAGUCGGAGGAAUCCAAACGAGAGAAGUCCCACGACAACGCACUGGAAGCCGAGCAAUCUUUGAUCAGCAGCCCUGACUCCAAGAGUGCGAUUUCUGGUUCUCAGCCUCAAGCCUCGAUCGUUGAGAUUCACAAGGCCGCAGGUGGAGAGGAAGGCUACUUCAACAUGGAACCCGAUGCGGCACCGCUUCCUCUCACUAUUCAGCCUUCGGACACCGCGCUCGAGGUCCACCCAGUCGUUUCGGAGGACCUCGAGCCCAUGAGAAAAGAGGCAGACUAUCUUCCUCCCAGCCCCCCGUCGAAGGGCCUUUACUUGAUGACGCGGGAGGGGUCCGAUGCAUUUCUCAAGGACGGGCACAUACCAAGGCUUCUAACCGCCCAGACCGAUAGCCCUGUGAUCAGCCCGCAAGACCUCAAAAGCGGGAUGGAUACCAAGCCGUCUCUCGACAACAAAACAAGCAGCCAGCACUCAACGGACGAUAACCCGCCAUCAUGCACCGCCGCAAAGGAACAAGCUGGGCCAAUCCGAGAUGGCAACAGGCUAGCUGACGCGCCUCCGGAGCCCGCAAGCCCACCCAACGACAUUUCCAUCAACACGGCAGUCACCGCGGCCGUGGUAGGCGCUGGCGUAGCUGCGCUGACCAAGAGUUCCGUCGGUUCCAAAAAGACAAAGUACAAGAAGCCCAAGAUCAUCGAUCCACGAAUGGACCGCGACGACGACAAUACAGCUCUGGGGGAAGCGAAGCUCAAACAACCAAUGGAGAUUUCAAGGGGUGACCGGAAUUCGGUGAGCUUCCGGAAGAUGGCUGAGCAGUCUGCUGGUGAAAGCCCAAGAGGCAGUGUGAGCACUGCUGAGGGUGUCCAGGGUGCGGACGACGUUGGUGAGGAGUCGAGGGUAGCAAUGGACGUGGAUCCUAGGGACUCCACACGAAGCUUUUUGUCCACGACAACGGAUAGGGGCUUGGAUGAGAACGGCAGGCGGGGAGGUACAAUGCUGCACAGAGACAUGCUCUCCGAUUUUGGUGGCAGCCCUAUGCUUGGGGUCGAGGAGAAGUUCCCAGAGCGCGUCCCGCUCACGGAGUCACCAACGGACUUGACACCAAGAACAUCGCCCGCUCUCGAGUCCGAAUCGAAGUUCUUGCCUUCACCAAGGCUACCAACGGGUCAGCAACAGACGCCAGCUGGCACUGUGGGACCCGGUAUCCACGACAUACAAGAUCUGAGAAGGACACCCUCGCGAACGCUGGAGCCGGUGCUGGAAGAGGACGACGGGACGCAUGAGCCGACAAAGCAUAAGAGCAAGAGGAGGAACAAGAGAGGUCCACGGGAUGUGGAUAGGGACAGCGGGUAUGCAGCGGACUCUCCGCUUGCGGCCUUUGGCCGUGCCCGGACCGAACGGCAGGAAACUCGGGUUCGUGACAGCGGAGUUCACCUGCGAGACUGGCCAGAGGGCUUGACGCAAGUGCGAGACGUUGGCGGGUUCAGCCCUGACGCUACAAGAAGGUUGUCCCCAACUGCUGCACCAAGCACGCCGAUUGGGGACCCAAGCAGGAGACGUCUGUCGCCACUCAAGGACGAGGCAACGCGGGAGCUUAAAGAGACAGACACGCCGCGACUGCGGGGGACAGAGCCGCAGCAGCCCAACCCAGAGCCUCAGAAGCAGGGCAGUGGAAGCAGUGUGAGUAGUGGGGGUAGCCUGAGCGACAGAAAGCGAGGCUCUUACAGAGAGCAGCUGGGGAGCGGUUCGAUACCGACGGCGAUCAUGGCGACGGCGGCGAGAGAGCGGGCGCCGCAGACACCAGCGGAAGAUCGGCGAGGGUCAGACCACAGCAUCCUGUCCAGACGCAUGUCGCCAGCCUCGCCACUGGCGGGGCAGCGCCCGUAUGGUGGCGUGCAGUACUACGGCGGCUCGGGGCAACGCGCCAUGUCUAACACCAGCGUUGCGCGACGACGCACGCCCGAUCUGGCGCUCAGCAUCAGCCCGCUGCCGGAAAGCCCAGUCAGCCUUCGGUCCGUUGGGAACACGCCCCCACUUCGGCGGGCCGACAGACGAAUGAGCGGCGACCUUCGAUCCAUCAACCAGCUCCGCGGCGUGGUUGGCCACCAGCCCCAGCCCCGACCCACCGACAGCACAGCCGACAAGGAUGUGGCCACCAGGGGGGCUGGGACUGUUGGGGCUGCAGAUGCAACAGUGGCUGCUCCUGCCAAUGCUGCUGCUGCUGCCGCCGCUGCUGUUGCUGCACUUGGACUUGCAGCAGCUGCGACCCUCAGCAGCCCCGACGCGCCUGCCAGCGCAAACAACAACAGCACCCCGAUCGCCAAUGAAGGCCGUGUCCGCGCCAGAGAAAUGGCCGACGUCUAUGAUGGCUAUGGAGAGGGCCGCAUCGGCUCCCCUCGCUCCCCUACCAGGCCCCACAGCAUGCGCCGCCGCCAGAGCAUGCAAGUCAUCGAGCUCGAGGCCCGAGUCGAGCAGCUGUCGGCCGAGAACCGCUCGCUGCACGAGGCGCGCGCCCAGGCAGAGCAGGCACAAACCCACAAGACGGCGGGCGCCCUGGCCGAUCGCGACGAUCAGAUCGACGCGCUCAAGCGCUCCGUCAAGUUCCUUACCGACGAGCUCGCCCGCCUGACCGAGAUCAACGAGGGCCUGCACAGCGCCAUCUCCCAGACAGCCCUCAACCGUGAUGACCGCUACCGCCUGCUCGAGGCUCAGCACGCCGACACUGCGCGCGAGCUCGAGGAGGUGCGCAGGGCCAGCGGCAGCGGUACUACUCCUCCCCCGCCCCACAAGCUCCUGGCCGAGAAAGACCUUGAGAUUGCACGCCUGCGCGCCGAGCUCGAGGAGGCCAAGCAGCAGAUUCGUGAGCUGCAGCGCCAGAUCCUCGCCACCAAGGGCCUCGACGGCGACUUCCUCGUCGCCCACGACAUCGAUUACUUCGACCACCGCUGCCAGCAGCUAUGCUCUCAUGUCCAGCAGUGGGUCCUGCGCUUCUCCAAGUUCUCCGACAUGCGCGCCUGCCGCCUGACGGGCGAGAUCAACGACGAGAAGAUCAUCGAUCGUCUCGACAAUUCCGUGCUCGACGGCUCCGAUGUCGACAACUACCUCCGCGACCGUGUGCGCCGCCGUGACAUCUUCAUGUCCAUGACCAUGUCCAUGAUCUGGGAGUUUGUCUUCACCCGCUACCUCUUCGGCAUGGACCGCGAGCAGCGCCAGAAACUCAAGUCGCUUGAGAAACACCUCCUCGAGGUCGGCCCGCCCCACGCCGUUCGCCAGUGGCGCGCCGUCACCCUGACCCUUCUUGCCCGUCGCACCUCCUUCCGCGACCAGAAGGAACAGGACACAGAGGCUGUCGUACAGGCUGUGCUGCAGACCUUGUCCAUGAUCUUGCCGCCGCCCUCCAACCUCGAGGACCAGAUCCAAUCUCAGCUGCGCCGCGUAAUGCGCGAAGCCGUCGACCUGGCGGUCGAGAUGCGCACUCAGCGCGCCGAGUAUGUCAUGCUGCCGCCGCUGCAGCCAGAAUACGACGCCAACGGAGACCUGGCCGCCACAGUCCCAUUCAACGCCACCAUGAUGCACGAGCGCUCUGCCGACACUACCAAGGGCCAGGAGCUCGAAGCCGACAGCUCCACCGUUCGCAUCGUGCUCUUCCCACUCGUCGUUCGCAAGGGCGACGACCAAGGCCGCGGCGACGAUGAGGUUGUUGUCCACCCCGCACAAGUGCUCAUCUCCAGGCCCUCGGGCUCCAGCAGGCGCGGUGGAGGCCGCCUCCUCACACCCAGCUCCGAUGCCGGUGGCGCGAGCCUGCUUGGCCGUAACACCUCUCCUAUCUCGGCACCCCCCACCAUCAGGAGCACCCUCAGCAUGCCAGAUGCUGAGCCGCUCGAGGGUGGGUUCUAGAGAAGAUACUUCGAGUUAAUAAUUGGAAAUGACGAGACGAGGAGAGAGAGCAACUUAUGAGAAAAAGAAGCAAAAGUACAAUAACGACCGGCGCUGACGAACAAUAUUUUAAUCACUUGGGAGGGACUUUUCCGGGUCUAGGACGGACGAUACAGUUUCGCCCCUGCAUACACUUUGGAUGGAUUAAUGGACGAAGGGGGGUUAUGGGUUAUUUCAAAUUUGGGUUAAUCUUGGGUUCUCAGCAUCAUGAUAUCCCUCUCUGGUCUUCGCGUCUGGUUUUCAUUUUCGUGUUCUUAUUUGUCGCUUCACCCCACUCCGCUUCAAGAUCUAUUUAUUUCUAGCCUUGACUUGUUUUUUUCUCAACUAUCCCCACAUCUGGUUCUCUCAUGUUCGACAUCUGAUACACUAUCAUGUUGUGCCUGCAAAAUCUUUGCUUUUUGACCGUCUUUCAUUCGGGAUCUUCUUUACUCGCUCGGGCCGGGUCAGUGUAUCAUCUUCCCACACCCACAAUGACUUAUGAAUGACGACGAGAAGAUAGAUCUACCUCGAGCCCACCAGAGAAAUACCACGAGUUCUAAAUUUUGAAGCUUGUUCCUUUGGCCCAGCUCAGCUCUACGGUAUCUACAGAAAACAACGACAUGCAAUAGCAAAUUAUUCGGUAUAUCCGAUCUUGCUAUUGUGAGC